AUGUCAGACUGGAAUGCCGGAUCAGUUAUCAUGACGCAACGAAUCUGCGUUUCGUGUGGGUGCCAGAUGGACAGAAGGCUGAGAGAACCAGAGAAGGAAGAGAAGGAGGAGGCAGACGAUGUCACAUGGGACGACGCUAGGAAACGAAACGAAACCACGCCGGCGCCGCGCAUGGGCAUGGCUAGGCAGCCUUAUCCGGACCGCAGCCCCCCAAGGGUUGUUGCAACUUGGCAAAGGAUCAAGGCUCCUGUCCAGCGGGCCACGGGCCGCCUGGGCUUGGGCUGUCAAGUGUCAUUAGCCUGGCGGUUUCUUGCCCGUUUUCAAUCUAUUCCUGCUGCCGUCCUGUUUAGCCUUUUUGUCGUGGACAAGGCCGGCGUGGCUAUGUAUAUAUUGUUGCACCGUACUCCUACUGCUGCGUCGUAUGCCGAGCGGUAUAUGCAUGCAGAAUAUGCACUCUUGGUCACCAAAGUGUUAUUCACAACCGAGAAGAUGCUCCACACGCGGUCUGUAUCCGACCCGCCGCUGAGCCCGACGACGCUCGGCCCUAUGGAGUCGUUUGCCUCGUUGAAUCGCCCGACGACGCCUUCACCUGCGGCACCAAACAAUGCCCAGGCCUACAUGAAGAGGGCUCUUCCGCCUCUGCCUCCUCCUGCGUUCAAUCCCGGAGCGAUUCCACCGCCUCUCAACAUCAGGAAGAGCAAGCCACCAUCCCUUCCAUUGGCACCAAGCGCGCCGUCGUCUCGCCCAGUAUCAAACGAAGCUCCACCACCACGUCGUGAGGUUCGAAGCGUCUCCCCUCUUCCCGCGCCUAGCACCCCUGUGAAGGGCUCCAACCCUCUUCACCUUUCGACCAUCUCGAGCAACAACUCCAGCCCGGUGCAUACUCUCAAGCCGCGGAAAUCCAAAAAGGUUCUGCAGCUUAUGGGACUUGACGUUGACGUUAUGAAUGCUGUUGGUGUUGCUCCUCCGGAACCCAAAAGAGAGCCCGUUGUUAGAAGUAGCCGAAGUCUUGAGCGAGCACCAAAUCUGAACGCCACAACUCUGCUACAUCUUCCAGAGGAAAGUUUGAUACCCGUAUUGGAGGAUGAUGACGGCAGGGAUAGCACGUCUAGCAAGAAGAGCUCUUGGGGGCCAGGGUCGCCGCAUUCUGCUUCCAGACUGCCGCUGGGCCCUAAACAGUCUGUCCGACGCCGCCGCAGUGCUCGAAUCUUUGAUCAAGACGAUACUGGGCAUUUGGUUAUUCAAGAAACCUUGAUGUCCAACUUGGAUCUGAAUGACGAUGACGAUGAAGAAUUACUAAGCGAAGAGGACAUGACAAUGGAAGAGUACCACAAGUUUGCUUCUGAGCUUGCCCACUCGUCUGCGAGAAAGCCUAGCCACGAAGAGUCGCGACCUACCACGGCGACUCAGGGCAGGCGGUCAUCCAUCUUGAGCUUGGCCCACGGUCGCCUCCGACGGAAGCCAACCAGUGCUUCGGAAUCUCGCCAUGGGAGACUGGGCAGCAGCAGCUCUGCCGAACAUCCAUCCCAAGCCCCGGCUCCUGCAGCGCCUGAGGAAGACGCCGUGCCCAAGAGCGGAUGGGAUAGCGAUUCAGACAGUGAGGAUGAUCGCACAAGCAGAAGCAUUUGGCCCAGGGGCCGCUCCUCCAACAACAAGGGGAGAGACUCGCCAGCCAGCAUGACGCGCCAUGAUGAUGAUGCGCGCGGAUCGCGAGGAUGGGCCAAGGGAGGUUUGCUGAAUGUUGGCAAGAGACGAAAAGACCAGCAGCAAGCACCGCGCGACUUUGGCAGCGUGGACGAGAGAAGCUUUGCGUAG